UCAAGAAGAAAAUUAAAUCCACAUCGAGGCAAGAAACAACUAUAUUAUACAAAAUGUGGAACAUUUAAAGCAGAUUUUUCCCCUUUUUGGGGUCAAAGUGAAACAAAGAAAUAGAAACUGAGCAACAACAAAUUAGAGGCUGUCAGAAAAACGUCAAACGUGUAGAAAAGUAAUCUGCUGAGUCAACAAUGGCCGAGCUUCGUGUCACUGAGUGGAGAUGGGUGUGCUGUGACAGACGUGUGAGUGUUUUAGAGCAGCUUUAGGCCCGGGACAGCACGGGACAGCACGGCGGCGGGAGGCUAAAGGCUAAAGCAGCUCAGAGGCUGUAAUCCCCGGAUGGAACCAUCAUGGCUGCCACUCGUUGAGCUGUCAAGCUCUCCACAAAAGAAAAAGGCAAAAAAAGCGACACAACUCCCUCAGGAAGCGCGCGCUUCUGCGGGUUAAGCUAGCGGACGGCCUCCGCCGCCGUCGGACGCGGUCGGGACGCCGUGAAGAACCCUGCCGGACAGACAUGGAUCUGGUGAACAUCUGCGCUGCAACCACCUCCGCUGGAGAAAACGGAGGCACGAACAACAAGAACUGGCACAACAAGCGGCUCCACCUCAGGAAGACUGGCGUCCAGCCCCCAGCUAUGCAAAGCCAAGAUAAGCACGGACCAAAGAAGAUAACGGGGGAGUGGGAGCAGCCCCCAGCACGGCCUUCAUCAAAGACGCCUCCCCAGGAAGCACCGCAGAGCUGGCACAUGCCUAAUUCCAGCGGAAAUCCUCUCAGGUUCGCCUGCUCUCAGUGCAAAGACGGCGUAGACUAUGUACCAAAAGAUCUGGUCAGACACUUUGAGGAAAAACACCGUGGGAAGCCUCCCGUCUUUUCCUGCCACAUGUGCACCUUCAGCACACAGGAGUUCUCAUACCUUCAUGUUCACCUUUUGAGCCACACUGACUCUUUUUCUAGUUGCACUAUGUGUAAUGACAACGUUCAGCGUUCGUGGGCUGAGUUCAGAGCACACCUGACGAUGCAUCACUGCUCCAACGGCAAAUAUUCCUGUGAGAUGUGUCAGGUGUUCUCCAGCGGCGACAUUCACGUCUUUCUACAGCAUCUGUUCGGACACGGCGUGGAGCUCGGCGAGGCUGAUGUGCAGCGCAACGAAGACAGCGGUCGGCUGCUGGCCGCCAAGGCUUUCCGCUGCCGUUACUGCGGCUUUGAGGCCUCCAGGAAAAUGCUGAUUACGAGGCACGUCAAAGCCGUCCACGUCUGCCAGAACGGGAACCAGUGGAAGGAGAAGAGGGGCGUCCAUCCCAUAGCGGUCAAACCACAAGACAGGCUCCUCAGAACCAAGCCCAGGAUAACAAGAAGUGCAGUGAAGGGCGCAUGCUGGCUGACACAGGACUGUCUGUCUCUGCCAGGCAGGGAGUUUCUGGAUAAAUACUGCCAUCUGUCUGACCCGCAAACGACUCUAGAGGAGACGGAACAGUUUCUGAUGAGAUCUGUCACCGGAGAAACCGAUGACCAGAAGUGGACCAAGGCUUUGAAAUCGGUUUUGUCUAAUGUUCCCCAGGACAUGAACCUUCACCCGAAGGUGGAAAACGGCAUCUUACUGACCCCCUCGGAUCUGACCGUCCUCACUGUGAAGAACAAAAUAACGGUGGCUCCCAAUGGGGCUACUUACUCCAAAAGGCUGAAGAUGAAGGCGUCGGGAGAGAAGGACGCUGCUUCAGCUGGAAGUGCUGUGGGUGAGUCUGCACGAGCCGCCACAGAGAAGGGUCCGAGGGACCGGACCUCCUGUCCUCAGCCCGAACACGGCCCCUGUUCUGACGCCCCGCCUUCGGCCCACGCCGAGCCCGCUCAGGCGCUUCACAUGCAGCCGCACAAAGACGACUUCAAAUCACUUCAGGUUGUUGAGGAGCUGUGUGAAAAGCUGGAGGAGCACGGAAUCCGAACUUCCAGUGAUCUGAAGUCAACGGGUGGAAGUGCAAAAAAGAGAACGGGCGGGAGGCAGAAUCCACGGCGGAGAAGGAAGACCUUCAGAAAAGUGAAGAAAAGAUCAGAAGGAUGGGCUUUAAAGAUGGUCCUGAAGAAGAAUCCUGUCAAACAGAAGCAGAGGUCGUCACCGAGCUCUCUGUGCGCGUCAGAGAGGGGCGGGGUCGAUGGCUGCCACGCCCCAGCCAGCGCUCAGACAGCGGAGGAAAGGAAACCACGCACUCCUCAGGCUUUGCAGGCGGCAGACGCACACCAAACCAAUGCGACCAAAGGUUCCACAGCUGAGCACCUCCAGUCAUCUGAAGCCGGAACUUUGGUUCUACAACCAGAGUCCAAGUCCACCUCUGAGCAUCCAGCAAAGCCUGAAGAUGAGGCUGAAACUGAGCCGCCAGAGGACGCUCCGAACGAGCCAGACGCCUUCAUUUCAUCUGAAAUGGAGCUGGACGGGAGCGGACCCGCUGGUGGGAGGUGUCUGAACCAGGCUACAUCUGUGACUGAAGACCCAAAUGUACAACUGCAACAACCCCCCAGUGGUGCUAACUGUCAUGUGGCAGAUGAUGAGAAGAAAGCAGCAGCGAAUGGCAGAAGCAGCUGCUCACCGUUUGGUCAGACCGCAAACACACCAGAGGGCGCCAUGGAAGCGGACGCGUCACGCCUCGAGCUUUCGUCAGAGCAGAGAGGCGGGAGCGCGGUCAGUCCUGAAGAUGCACCUCUGCUGUGUUUGUCUGUGGGCGAAGCCAUCCAGCGGGAGUCCUCUCCAGCCGCUGGCCAGCACUGCCAGCUGGUCCCAAAGCACCAGGAGAGGACCCUGAAGUUAGUAGCCAUAAACCCCUCCCAGCCGGUGAAGCGUCCGUCUGGAGACCAACCCGUGGUGGUGCUGAAUCACCCUGAUGCUGACAUUCCUCAGGUGGUGAAGAUCAUGGAGGUUGUCAGCAGGCACAGGGAGGUGCAGAAAGUCGUGUUGUCCCGCAGGACUCUGGACGCUCUCUCCGCUUCCAGCGACAAGAACGUCCCGGGAUAUGCCCAGACCCAACCUGCGUGGCGGGGGGACAACCCGGUGCAGGAAAGGUUCACCUUGAAGUUUAAGUUCCGUCGGUUGAACAGGAAAAAGUAUGAAAUAGUGGGCGUAGACUCGCCCAGCAGGAGUUUGCCGGUGAAGUUCUCCUGCUGGUUUUGUGGGCGGAGCUUCACGUGUCAGGAAACCAUGAUGAGCCAUCGGCAGCGGCAUCUGAUGGAGUGGAAAAGGCCAAGCUGUGAAAACUCUUAAACGUCUCCAACACUGGACACAAUAGUCUGGAAAAAAGACACUUUUUUAGGUCUUAAUUGUGAUUGAGUUUGUGAACAAUCGUAUGCCUCCUGGGGGGUCCCAUGCUCAGGGUCAAUGAAGCAUUGAAGCUGGAGACGAACUCUGGUAAAGCCACAACCACGGGGGGGUUCUAAUUGUCUCCCUUUUCUUUAUUUAUGGUCAUUUCAGUACACUGUCAUGUUGAACCCCAUUAAGAACACUGUAGGUAGUAGAUUUGCCAUACCCUCGUGGGAUCAGCUAAUGUGGGAGUGGGCUGCCAUAUUUGUUUUUGGGACGUCCCCUCAAGUUACUCUGAAAUACCAAAGUGUGUGUUUAAGAAAGCAAAAGCAUAAAAAAGCUGUUUUAUUCUUUGUAUUUAUGGUUUAUCCUAUAUAUGCUUCAUUUAUUCAUUAUUGUUUUGGCCAUUAGAGAAAUCUUUGUACAUUUUUUGUUGUAAAAACUUGUAUUUUGUUCACAAAAUAUGGCAACUAUGAGAGUCGCAUGACGUGGGAGUUAAUUUAACUGAUGAGACAGUUUCAUGCGGUAACCUUUUGUUUUCUGAAGUCAAAUCUGCUAAAAAUAAUUUUAAGAAAAUGUAAAUGUUAUUAGUUAGCUAAAUUGAAUGUUUCCUCUUUUUAGUCCUGUUUGUGUUGAAGCGAGGAUGGAAUCUUUUGGUUGUGUUAUGAACAGAGGAUUCCUCUUUUCCCUGUUACCUCACUUUAUCGGGCUUUGACAAUCUCACGCCGCGCGCGUCCUGCCGCGGCGCCACACCUUCCCUCACGGCUCACACGGCGGCGCUGUGGCUUGACGGAUGCGGUCGGGGAUUUAAGGACAAUUCCUCUUCUAUUGUGCACAAAUCCCAGUUUCUCAAGUCUCCAUUUUGUUAUAAUUGUACAUAGACUGUCUGGUGGUACUGUAAAAUCCUUUCUGAGAAUAUUCACCAAGUGCCUGGUUAUUAAUUAAGUUAUGCAACCAAUGGUCACGCGUCUAAACAGCAUUACUUUUUCAGAACGGAGCCGUUUUUUAUGAAUGAGGACGUGAGCAGACGUGGAACACGGACUGUCUUUCUCCUCCAAAGCAUUGUUAAAAAGAAAAAAAGGUUCUUCUCUUUGCGUUAUUGUCUCAUUCCUUGCAUUAAUUUGAGUCCAACUGAACAUGGAAAAAACAAUAAAAUAUGUUUGAGCA